UGAAAAUGAAACUUAAGAGCUGGAGUAAAACCUCAUAGUUGAGACAAAGAACACAGCAAGGACCGAACUUGUGCGAGCGAUAUCUGACAGUUGUGUGGGGGACUUCAAGAUCAGGUCGCCUGGGUCCCGGGUUCUUCCUUGUCGGCUUCUGGUCUCUCGGGUGGCGGGGUUGUGCCCCCCUUCCUCCACUGUAGUUGCAGUUCAGUGAUUUGAUCAGACGAGUUACAACCGGAGAAGACUCUCAGUUUCAGGGCGUUUUUACUCUGACUUCUAAAAUCAUGGACGGAUCUGCUACUAGGAACAUUGUCCUGCUUGGAAAAACUGGAUCUGGGAAAAGCAGCUUGGCCAACACAAUAUUUGGAAAGACGCUCUUUACAGUAAAUGAUGGUUUUAACUCAGAAACCAAAAAAUGUGAAACCAAAACCAAACUUGUUCAUGGUUAUGACGUCUCUUUGAUUGACACUCCUGGUUUCUUUGACACAGACAUGUCUGAGGAUGAUCUGAGGUCUGAGAUAGUGAGGUGUAUCGUAGAGUGUGCUCCUGGGGUUCAUGCUUUUCUCAUUGUGCUUAAAUGGGAGAGAUUCACAGAGCAGGAGCAGGCUGUUAUUGAUAAAAUAAAGAGUGACUUCUCUGAUGAAGCACUGAAAUAUGCUGUAUUGGUCUUCACUCAUGGUGACCAGCUGCCUAAAGGGAAGAAAAUAGAGGAUUUUAUCAGUAAGAAUAAGGCUGUAAGUGAUUUGGUGAAGAAAUGUGGCGGCCGCUGCCACGUCAUCGAUAAUGAAUACUGGAACGAAGACUCAAACAAAGGAGCACGGAACAAAGGAGAUGAAUACUGGACAAACCGGUUCCAGGUGAAAGCGAUCCUUGACACCAUAGACAAGAUGGUGACUGGAAAUGAUGGCAAAGUUUACACCAAUAAGAUGCUGGAAGAAGUGGAGAGAAGAAUACAACAAGCCAUUCGGCAGUCAUCACCAUCUUUGUCAUGGAAAGAGAUCAGAAAUAUGGCAAAAGAAAAAGUUUUUGAAUUUCUCAAGUAUGCUGCAGCUAUCACCACAGGAGUUUUGCUGGGAGCUCUGCUCAGUGUGCCUGAAAUGAUUGUUCAAGUUGUCAAUGUACUGAUAGGAAAAGGUCCAUUAGAAAUAGCAAGAGUUGCAGAACGUGCCACUCUUAUAGGAGGUGCACUGGUUACAGGAUUGUUUAUUGCCAAAGGAGCAAUAGAUGGAGGGAAACUUGGACAUAAUGAGGCUGAGAACGCAAAGACAGUGGCAGAGGCAGUAAAGAACACGGCUGUAGGAUGUGUUAAAAACCUCUGUGAAAAAACACAGAAUAAAUUCAAGCAAAAGGAAAGCAAAGAUGAGAAGAUGCAUCUGGUAAAAAAAAUAGACUGAAGAUCUGCUUUCAAAUUCUUGGUGUGAAAAUAUUUGAAAUCAUAGUUCGUGUGUCAGUUGAAGUUGAUCAGAAUCUUAAGAAGAACAUUUAUUUUGCCAGAUGUAUGAUGUAAGUAAGUUGUAUGAGAUAUUGAAUCAUUUAAAUCCCAUAAUUACAUCAUUUCUUUAGUGCAUAUACUGUAUUCAGGUGUAGGCCUACUGUCUUUUCUUUCAUUUAUAGGGGUCACUAAACCAACACAUAAACCCAUGCCAUUGUGUUUUAAUUUUGUCUUGACUUCCCUUGUUCCCAUUUGCCCAUCUGUAAAUCUUUGUUUACAGGUUUGUUAUCUGCUAGAAGGGUCAACACAUGUUUUCAGUUGUCCUGGCUGGGUUGUUGGGGGUCGAUCAGCUGCUCAAUCAGGGAAAGCAGGUUUGCAUCAUUAGGUCCUCUUAAGCCGGGCAUACACUGUGCGAUUAUCGGCUCGUUUUGAGCCGAUUUUCCAGUCGUGCAACUUUUUUUUGAUCGGGCCAGAUUUUGAACCAAUCGUUGCUCGUGCCUCGUGCAGUGUACGUGGGGUAACGACGAGAGAUUAACACCUCACGACGAGCUCCCGAUCACAAAUCGUGAGGUCGCAAGAAAAUCAAGCAUGUUUGAAAUCCUGGUCGCUCCUCGUGAAGGAAUCGCACA